GGCAAAAAACAUCUCUGCAUCUUAAAGAGGGAAUGUGAUCACGAAGCCUGACUUAUUCACAAUCUUUUCAAAUAUGUUCUCAAUCCAGGCUCGUUUCACCAUUCACCAAACAUUGAUGGAGAUUCCAUAUGCAAUUGGCUAGGGUACCAGCACCUGGUCUGAAUGGGUUGGAUGAGCUUGUCUCCAAGGUUUCCCCAGCCCCAUCUGGAGCCUGAACCCCUGCACUACUGUGUUUUCUCUGCUUCAUCCUAGCAAGAUCAAGUGUCUCCCCAGAGGCUCCCAGUAAUUACUCCCCAGUAAUUGACCCGGAGCCCCCAAGGUAGAAAACAGCACGCUGGGUGCAGAACUGGCAGGGUUACUGUUACUUCAUUAGGCCCAUUUAUCCAUCUCCAAGUGGGAAGGUUCCUAAACUUAUGUGCAAAGAGUGAGGGAGCAUUUGUAUGUGUGUCUCUCUGCGUGUCUUCCACUUUACCCCAGAGAUCCUAAAUUAAAACAUCCUUCUAACCUAGGAAACCCCAGUAUUUGAUUGACAUCAUCUGCACAAUAGUUGUCAGAAAAAACAACAUAUAUUUGCAUAAUGACACAUUUGCAAAAAUAUGUCACAGUUUGCUACCACUUGCCCUUCCAAGGAUUAGAGAAUUUUUUCAGUUUACCCUCUCCCAGAAGUUCCCAUCCAUCCUCUUUUUUUUUAACUUGGUUGUGAAAUCAGUUAACCAAACCGGGAAAUUUCUUAGCUCCUCACUUCUGCUUUUGAAGGCCAUAAAAUAGUGAGGGAGAAACUGGCAGACAGCAUACCUCUUGGAGACGCAACAGGCCACUCCGGGAUUCUAUUCUCUCCAGACAGCCUUCAUUGUCCAGGUUUCUGAAGCAGCCAUGGCAACGGUACCUGAACCCACCAACGAAGUGAUGGCUUACUACAGUGACAAGAAUGACCUGUUAUUUGAGGCUGACGGCCCCAAACAGAUGAAGUGCUGCGUCCAACACCUGGACCUCAGCUCCACGGGAGAUGAGAGCAUCCACCUGCAAAUCUCCCACCAGCUCUACAACAAAAGCUUCAGGCAUGUGGUGUCGGUCAUCGUGGCUGUGGAGAAGCUGCAGAAGAUCCCCUGCUCACAGACCUUCCAGGAUGAUGGCCUGAAGAGCAUCUUUUCACUCAUCUUUGAAGAAGAGCCUGUCAUCUUUGAAACGUACGACGAUGAUCUUCUGUGUGACGCGGCUGUGCAGUCGCUGACCUGCAAACUCCAGGACAGAGACCAAAAAUCCCUGGUGCUGGCUAGCCCGUGUGUGCUGAAGGCUCUCCACCUCCUCGCACGGGACAUGAACCGAGAAGUGGUUUUCUGCAUGAGCUUCGUGCAAGGAGAUGAAAGUAACGACAAGAUACCUGUGGCCUUAGGCCUCAAGGAAAAGAAUCUAUACCUGUCUUGUGUGAUGAAAGGCGAUAGGCCCAUCCUGCAGCUGGAGGAGGUAGACCCCAAAACUUACCCAAAGUGGAAGAUGGAAAAGCGAUUUGUCUUCAACAAGACAGAAAUCAAGAAUAGCGUCGAAUUUGAAUCUGCCCUGUACCCCAACUGGUACAUCAGCACCUCUCAAGCAGAAGAAAAGCCCAUCUUCCUAGGACGUUCCAAAGGCGGCCAUGAUAUAACUGACUUCACCAUGGAAAUCAUCUCUCCCUAAAGGAAGCUGUACCCAGAGUCCAUAUGGGCUGAAUGACCCUGAGGGCUAGCAGAAGGGGAAUCGAAGAGCAUGGCUGCAGCCUGAACUUCACUGUUGUCUAAUCAAUGCCCAACUUCCCUCCGUAUAUUCGUGCUACGAGACCUCCUGCCCACCAGCCGGCGGGAAUAACCCCACUCUUCCCACGCUUCUUCUGCCCGUCCUCAGACCCCAACCACUGAGCCAGCCCUCUCUCCCCUCUUCCACUCACUCAAAGCCAGCCUGGCAGAAACCAUGGCACACUAGGUUCAGAGAAAUCCUCUGUCCUUUGCACACAGCUUCUGAUGAGUGACCAUUUCAUUAUUUAUUUAUUUAUUUAUUGAUGGGUUAAUCUAUUUAAUUUAAUUCAAGGGGGCCAAGAAACAGCAGAGUCUGUGAAAAAUCCCUGUCUUCUAUAUCUGUGGAACCAAUUUCAUUUGGGCUAGUGUGCCGUCUUUAUAUCAAGUCCUUUCACUAAGCCGGAAAAUAUUUAAGCUCAGAUCAUUUCAAAAGGAAUAUUUAUGAAUGAGGAAGGAUGAUCAGAUUGUUCAAUGAUUUUGAAAUAAAGUUCACUGAAAACAAA